AUGAAGAAGGGAAAGGAAGACGCGACCCCCAAGCCCCUCCUGGGCCGGCCCACCGCCAACUUGAAGAUGGGAAUCGUCGGUCUCCCCAACGUGGGCAAGUCGACCCUCUACAAUGCUCUUACCAAGCUCUCCGUCCCUGCUGAGAACUACCCCUUCUGCACGAUCGAUCCCAAUGAGGCCCGCGUGCCCGUGCCCGACAGGCGCUUCGAUUGGCUCGUUGAUGUGUUCAAGCCCGCUUCCGUCGUCCCUGCCAGUCUUGCGAUUACCGAUAUCGCCGGUCUCGUGAAGGGUGCCGCCAGCGGUGAGGGUCUUGGCAAUGCCUUCCUGUCGCACAUCCGCGCCGUGGACGGUAUCUUCCACGUCGUCCGCAUCUUUGAGAGCGGCGACAUCACCCACGUCGAGGGCGCCCUCGACCCCGUCAGGGACAUGGAGAUCAUCUCGGAGGAGCUGCGAUUGAAGGACGUGGAGAUGGUGGAGGCGUACUACGACAAGGCCGAGAAGGAGUCGAGGCGCGCGGCCAAGGACAAGGCCAAGCAGGACGAGCUGGCGUUUGUGGGCCGGCUGCUCAACUACCUGCGCGAGGAGAAGAAGGAGGUCCGGUACGGCGACUGGAACGCGCGGGAGAUCGAGUGGCUCAACGAGCUGCAGCUCAUCACCGCCAAGCCCGUCGUCUACCUCGUCAACAUGUCCGAGAACGACUACUUCAACAAGAAGAACCGCUGGCUGGCCAAGAUCAAGCAGUGGGUCGACUCCAAGCAGAAGGACCAGCUCAUCAUCCCCUUCUCGGGCGCGCUCGAGUCCAAGCUGCUCGAGAUGCCGGAGGAGGACCAGAAGGCCUACCUGGAGCCCCACAAGGCCCUCCCCGCCAUCCCCAAGAUCAUCAAGAACGGCUACUCGGCCCUCCGCCUCAUCUACUUCUUCACCUGCGGUGCCGAUGAGGUCAGGUGCUGGACCAUCAGGCAAGGUACCAAGGCGCCUCAGGCUGCCGGAGUGAUCCACACGGACUUCAUGAACGGAUUCAUCUGCGCGGAGGUGAUGGCCUACGCCGACUUCAAGGAGCACGGCAGCGAAUCCGCCGUCAAGGCCGCCGGCAAGUACCGACAGGAGGGCAAGAACUACACCGUCGUCGACGGCGACAUCAUGUUCUUCAAGGCCAACACCGGCGGUGGUCUGGGCAAGAAGAAGUGA